GGCUCAGGAGAUGUCUGAUGCCAUCGAGGAGGCGGAGGACCGUGCUGCAAGGCGGGAGGCCCAAGCUCUGGCCAGAGAGCAGCGGCGGGCCGAAAACAACGGCCCGACAGCCACUUCCUCUACCCUGCCUGGUGGCUCCCGUCCCAGCCGCAGAACAGCAUCCCCCGGGGCUGCCUCGGCCUCCAGCUCCGGCCUUUCCAUCGCCGGUCCCUCAACCCGCUAGGCCCCCUCUAGUGCCUCCCACGGUCACCAGCUGCCUGCCCCUAGCGGAACAUCCCCACUUAGCCUGCCUGCACCUGGCUGGCUACUGGAUGAGCCAUCAACAUCUGCCUUCGGCCUCCGAGGGUCCAGAUUGUCUUCCUCUCCCUCCCAAUGUAAAUGCUUUAUAUCAUUGAUAAAAACAAGCAAUGUCC